CUGACAUGAACAACAUGGGAAAGCUUUUUCAAGAGUGGCGAGAAGCUGCAAAUUCUGAGGCUCAAAACACCAGUGACCCGGAAUUGAUCUUGACUGCAGCUGUUCAAUUCGGGUCAGGUUCGGUUUUUGGAUCCUACCCAGUGGAAUCAAUCAGAAGCAACUUGAACUGGAUGCAUGUUUUGGCUUAUGAUUACUACUCGCCAACGUGGGCAAAAUUUACUGGUGCUCAUGCUGCUUUGUAUGACCCUUCAAGUGAUGUGAACACUGACUCUGGCAUUAAGGAAUGGAUUGGUAGAGGAGUUUCUGCUAACCAGUUGGUUUUGUCUUUGCCUUUUUAUGGAUAUGCCUGGACUCUUAAGAAUCCUAAGGACAAUGCAAUCAGCACACCAGCUACAGGUCCAGCAAUUACAGAUGAUGGGAAUGUGAGUUACAAGGACGUCAAAGCUUACAUCCAGAGAUAUGGGGCUACAGUACUGUAUAAUUCUACCUAUGUAGUGAAUUACUUCUCAAUUGGAUCAAAUUGGAUUGAUUUCGACGAUGCUGAGGCUAUCAAAAUUAAGGUGUCUUGUGCAAGUGAAAAGAAACUACUUGGUUAUGUUGUGUGGGCUGUUUCAUAUGAUGACAGCAAUUGGGCGCUUUCCACUGCAGCAGGAUCUGUGAUGUUCUGCUUAAGGAAGAGAAUAUUCAAAUCAACCGAGUUGGUUAAAGCUGCUGGAGAUUCUAGGUCUGAAGUAAAUAAGGAAGGUGCAGAACUUUUUCUUGGCAAUGCUCCUGAUUUGCAAGUAUUUGGCUUUUCAGACAUUGAGGUGGCCACAGAUGGAUUUUCAAUUGAAAAUGAGCUUGGUUAGGGUGGUUAUGGUCCGGUUUAUAAGGGCAUAUUAGCGGAUGGCCAGGAAAUAGCUGUGAAAAAGCUAUCAAAAGCUUCCGCACAAGGAUUUGAGGAAUUCAAAAAAUGAGGUAACACUUACUGCAAGACUACAACAUGUGAAUCUUGUUCGGCUCUUGGGGUUCUACAUUGACAGAGAUGAACAAAUGCUGAUCUAUGAGUACAUGCCAAAGAAAAGCCUUGACUUCUACUUAUUAGAUCCUAUAAGACAGUAUCUACUUGAUUAGAAAAAACGAGUUGACAUCAUGGAACGGAUUGUUCAAGGGCUUCUUUACUUACAAGAAUACUCAAGGUUGACAAUAAUUCAUAGAGACAUAAAAGCUAGCAAUACUUUGUUGAAUGAUGCCUUAAAGCCAAAAAUUUCAGAUUUUGGUAUGGCAAGAAUAUUUGCAAAGAAUGAGCUUGAAGCAAACACUGGCAAGAUAGGCGGACCCUAUGGUUAUGUUUCCCUGAAUAUGUAAAAAAGGGCCUAUGCUCCACAAAGUCUAAUUUGUAUAGCUUUGGAGUUUUGCUUCUGCAAAUUAUAAGUGGCAAGAGGACAGCAAGUUUCUAUGGUGAACAUGAAGAUUUAAACAUCACAGGAUAUGUAAGUAACUUCUUCAACUUUGUUAAAAGGAAAGAUCUUAGUGGGAUUUUUUAAAUAGACACAUUCUACAAAAGUUGAGCAGAGAAAGACAACUAUGAAGAUAUAUAUAUAUAUAUAUAUAUAAGCUUACUGUCUGUGGACUCAACUAAAAUUAUGAUUGACAUACCUGUACUAUUUUCAUAAUUGGUUUAAUGUACUUAUCUUUUGUUGACCGGCUCUACUAAUAAUGUCUUGAUGUCUUAAUCUGUUGUUUGUUUAAGAUUAAGUUUAUGUGCUAUUAAUAUGGUACGUGAAUGUUAACAUCGUUAGGCUUAUGAACUGUAGAAAGAAGGCAGAGGCAUGGAGUUUAUGGAUUCUAGUCUUGAUGACUCAUUUUCACCAUGUAAAUUGUUGAGGUGCAUGCAUGUUGCUCUGUUAUGCGUGCAAGAAAGUGCAAAUGACAGGCCUUCUAUGUUGGAAAUUUCUUCAAUGUUGAAAAGUGAAAGUAAUCUGACAUUCCCAAAGAAACCUGCAUUUUCUAGAGCAAAUGAGGUGGAAGAAGCCAAUGAAAGAAUAUUGCAGAUGGAAACUAAAUCAAUUAAUGAAUUGACUGUCUUUGAAGCAGUAGCAAAAGAUAGUAAAGCUGAAUUCUUUUGAAAAUUAAAACGGAUUUAUAUAUACUAGAUUCUGUGAUUAUAAGUUCAUAUGUAAGUGUAUAUUCCUUUAUGACUAGAAAUUAUUGGCCAUGAA